AUAACUGCAGUACUGACCUCGGUGUGUGCGGAUGGAUCCUGGUCAUCACUUCCCUUUUUUUCACUAUUAUUACCUUUCCUAUAUCAAUCUGGAUGUGUGUGAAGAUUGUGAAGGAGUACGAGCGAGCCAUCAUCUUCAGGCUGGGACGUAUCCUAAAAGGGGGAGCCAAGGGACCAGGUUUGUUUUUCAUCCUGCCCUGCACAGACAACUUCAUUAAGGUUGAUAUGAGGACCAUCUCCUUUGAUAUUCCUCCCCAGGAGGUCCUGACCAAGGACUCUGUGACAAUCAACGUGGACGGGGUGGUUUAUUACCGAGUGCAGAAUGCCACCCUGGCUGUGGCAAAUGUCACCAAUGCAGACUCAGCCACCAGGCUGCUCGCACAGACCACGCUGAGGAAUGUUCUGGGGACCAAGAACCUCUCUCAGAUCCUCUCUGAUCGUGAGGAAAUUGCACACAGCAUGCAGGCCACACUGGAUGAGGCAACAGACCACUGGGGCAUUAAGGUGGAGCGUGUGGAGAUCAAGGAUGUGAAGCUGCCAGUCCAGCUGCAGAGAGCCAUGGCUGCAGAGGCAGAAGCUGCCCGGGAGGCCAGAGCAAAGGUAAUUGCAGCUGAGGGUGAAAUGAAUGCUUCCAGGGCCCUGAAGGAGGCAUCCAUGGUGAUCACAGAGUCCCCUGCUGCUCUCCAGCUGCGCUAUUUGCAGACCCUGACCACCAUUGCUGCAGAGAAGAACUCCACCAUCGUCUUCCCACUGCCCAUCAACAUGCUGCAGGGCCUCCUCGGCACCCCUCGCUAGCAGGGGGGCAGGA